AUGUCGAAAGUGAACAACUUUCGACGUUACAAUCCACUUAUCAAUGAGUGGAUUAUUGUAGCGGUGAACCGGAUCAAUCGACCAUGGCAGGGAGCAAAGACAACGGUCUCUAAGAAUUCAGAAGACACGACGUCUUCUGAUUCAAGAGCACCACCAGAAAAGAACCAGUUGGCUCCUGGAGGUGUGAGGUCUUCUGGAGCAGUCAAUGAGGAAUAUCAGAGCACUUUUGUGUUCGAAAACGACUUUCCGUCGUUUACAGAGUUUGAGAAGUGUGCCGGGGAGGAGGAAAAUGAUGAUUUAUUCAAACAGCAAGAAGUUCGAGGUGUUUGUAAAGUGAUUUGCUAUCAUCCGGAUAGUAAAUUGACGUUGGCAACGAUGGAUUUGAAAGAGGUCCGAACCGUAAUCGAUAUUUGGAACCAGCAAUAUGUGGAGCUGUGCCCAAAAUACGAUUGGGUUCAAAUAUUCGAAAAUCGUGGUGCCGUAGUCGGUUGCUCGAAUAUGCACCCACAUGGACAGCUGUGGGCGUCCAAUUAUCUUCCGAGUAUUCCGUUGAAAAAGCAUCAAAGUCAGAAAAAAUACUUUGAAAAACACGGCGGAAAAGUGAUGCUAAUGGACUAUUUGGAUCAGGAAAUUGCGAAAAAUGAGAGAAUCAUAAUGAGAAAUGAGCACUGGACAUGGCUGGUUCCGUAUUGGGCGUUCUGGCCGUAUGAGACAAUGCUUCUGCCGAAUCGGCACGUGGAACGCUUCACUGAUUUGGAGGAGACCGAAAAGCAAUCGCUCUCUUCAAUUCUCCGAGAUCUUCUCAUCAAAUACGAUAACAUUUUCGAAUGCUCAUUCCCCUAUAUGAUGGGUUGGUCCGGCGCACCAACUGGCUCGUUUCUUCAACAAGAUUGCUCAUUUUGGCAGCUCCAUUUGUCAUUCUUCCCACCACUGCUCCGUUCGGCAACUGUUCCGAAAUUCCUUGCUGGUUAUGAAGUGUUCGCUGAGAAACAGAGGGAUAUCUCACCGGAAAUCGCGGCGAAGACGUUGAGAGAGAUGGAUGGGGUGCAUUAUUCGAAGAGGAAUUGA